ACGACUCUACGAUCAUCUUUACGUUCUAGUGCACAAGGUACUGCAUUCUCCACUACCUUUUCCUCUUCGCAGCAAUCGACUUCUCUUUUUUCGUCUAUUUCAAAUUCUACUGUCGCUACUUCCCUUCAUCAUCCUAACGGCAACAUGGAAGAUCAAAAAAUGGUAGCCGCAGCAGCAGAUCUUUACCGACAAAUAGAAGAACUUGAAAAUCAAAUCACAGUUACACGCGAACGUAAUACACACGUCGAACACGAGCUACAUGAAACUAAUCAUACGAAUUUAACAUUGUGGCAGCUUAUACAGAAACAAGAUAUGAUGAUACGAUACUUGGAGGAAAAACAAAUCGAGACAGAAAAUCAUAUAACGCAAGGCAUAGAACAGCUAGCAGUUGAACGACAGGAAUUGGGUGAAUUGCUCGAUACUCUAGAAAGUAAAAUCAAACAUGGCGAUCAAAAAAUCAAUAAAGCCAUUGAUAAGAUGACACUAGUAACGGCAAUCAUGCUGAAAGAGGAGGAUCAUGCUAUUUUGAAGAAGCGAACGGAGGAGUUGGAGAAUCAAGUGAUGACAUUAGACAACAUUGUAGAGCAAUUGCAGCUAACGGCUGACAUUGACUUGGUUGGAACAGCUUCAGCUCAACAACAGCAACAGCAGCAAGCAAGUAGGAUAAAAGAGUUAGAGGCUGCACUUGUAAAUUCAAACGAGCAAGUGAAAGAUUAUUCACGAGUAAAGCAAUCGUUAGAAAUGCUGCAAGAAGAAUAUAACAUGCUGCAGAAACGCAAGCGACCCUCUUUUUAUCGUACGAGCAGAAUUGGUAAAUAUCACCAAGUGCUUGAUUGGAUGGAUGAGAACAUGCGUGACAAACCUGAGAUUAUUGAGGAAGUGGCUAAUAUGGUUUAUGAUGUCUCAGAAAUGACUAAUAUCAUACACAAUUUAAAUGAUCAAUUAUGCAUUGAGCGACAGCAAACAAAGGAACGAUUAAAAUUGUUGGAGGCUGAUAUAUUAAAUCUCACAGUAAUGAAUCACCAUCUACAGCAACAGAAAAAGCCAUGCGAGAGUCUUUCAAGAAUGGAAAGCGGACGACGGUCAUUGUCACCAGCACAUACAGCACAGAGUAAUAAUUUGAGCAAAGUCGAUGAAAACCAACGAAUCUCGAGCGCAACCAAUUUGUCAGAGCUAUCAUCCACUGUUCCCUCAAGGACUCAGCCACUUCCGCCAAGAAGUCAUACGAUGUCCAGCAACACACAGCCUCAAGUCAUGGAGCCACUACCAAUACAACCACGAUACACUCCUUUGUCACCUCGACUUAUGCCACGCCCAUCUCCACCUUUGAACCCACCACCACGGCAGCCUCUUCCUCAAACUCCCGCUCCGCCCCCUCCCAUACAUGAUUUUGAACAAAUUAUCAAGAAUUACCAACAAAAACUCAUCAUAGCAGAAAACGAAAACCACGUUCAUCAACAAACGAUAAGAGCGCUAGAGGAAAAACUUACAACUGUUUCUACUCAACGACGACAAUCGUUGGAAAAUCUAAAAUAUUUAAUAGACAGUGAACGAAAACAAAAGCUAAAGGCUGUUGGAACUACAGCUACAAACAAAAAAGAAAAAAUUUCUCUGCUUUUAGAUCUAUUUUCCUUACUUACAAACAUACUCCAUCGUAUCAAUUGUAUAUACUUCCAUAAUUAAUUUUUAGGUGCAAUUACAUUUUGUAAAUAGAUUAUUUUAUCGUUGUUAGAUAAAUGAAUAAGUUAACUCUCUAUUAAUACAUAUCUAAUAUUCAUUUGGGAUAAUGAGCGUUUCUCUAACCCGUCACUACUUGGCUGGCAAAGCCUUAUUUUGAGCAUUAUUAAAUUGACGAAUAACCAGCCUACACUCUGUCUCUUUACAGAGAUCGGGUAUCUUAUUUUUAUCCACAGGACUUUGUUUAAAGAACGUAAGGCCUGUGCCUCUUUCUACUGCAUCCAAGGGUACUUGGAACGCUGUGAUAGGUGUAGCGUCCGAA